AUGGUUGAUAAGCGCCCUAUAGGUUAUAUUCCAGGAAAAGGAAAUCCACUAGAUAAAAAACCUCCUAAAACUAAUAAAUAUGAUUAUGUGCAGGGAACAUUAAAAACUGGAACUACAAUAAAAGAUAUUAAUAUUAUGAGUGAUCAAGCAGUUGCAAAAAGAAAAAAUGAGCUAUUUAAAAGGAUUAAGACUUCAACAUUGAGUAAUCUUUUGAAAUAAGAUAGAAAUUUUGAAAGCAUUUAUCAACUAGGAGAAGAAAACAAGGAUUAACAACAAUAUGUUCAUGAUAAUAUGUCAUUAGUUAGCAAUCCAAUAAGCAUCAACAGUCAAGCUACUUACAUCUCAGCUGUAACAUAUGCAACUGAAAAUCUUGGCAUUACAGAUAAUACUUGUUUCCUUCUUUUGGACACAAGAGAGCCAGAAGAUUUUGAGUUGUAUCACAUAAAAGAAUCUAUUAACCUUCCUGCACCUAAUAUUUCAAGAGAUAAAUUCAUUCCUGCAGUUUACAGAUUUAAAAAUUAACCAGAUAAAUUAAUAAUUAUAUAUCAUUCUGAUGAAAGAAAUGGGAUUCCAAUUGCUUAAAAGUUAGCUGAAAAGGGAUUCGAAAAUGUAUUUUUAUUAUCUGGAGGUAUUGAAAAAUUUGUUUAGGAGUAUCCUGAAGAACUUGAUGGAAAAAAAAUACCAGUAAUCAAAAAAUAAGAUGAAGAUAAUAAAUCAAGAGUUUCAGUUGCAAAAUCAUAAAUUUCAUAAGUCAGUAACGCUAAAUCACAAGUUACUAACAAAUCAUAAAUUUCAUAAAUGAGUAAUGCUAAAUCUCAAAUUACAGCCAAUUCUAAAUUACAAGCUAGCAUAUAGCAAAAAAGUACCAUUGGUAAGUCAGAUAUUUAGUCUACUAUUCAAAAAAGAUCUGCUUCUGUCUAAAAGCCUGUCGUAUCGAAAAGCAAUACUCCAUCUCACAUCGGUGGGUAGAACACAACCCCUAACAAAAUUAAUAAGAGAAGCAACUAUAAAGAAUACCCAGAGAUGAGUGAUGUAUUCAUAAAAAAAGACUUAUAAAACUAGAAAGAAAUAUAAAAUAUCAUAACAAAUUCUUAGUUGAAGCAGAGCUAAGCUCAAAUGUCUCCAAUCAUGCAAAAUGAUUCUAUGUUUUCUAACAACGAAUCGAUAUAUAAAAAAUGA